UUGAAAUCGAUGGAUUUAUGCGUUCCGGAUGUAAUAUUUCCAAGGUUGUAGUAGAUUCUUGUUGAAGUUCAGAAACCUUCAGCAAUGUCCGAAGCCAUCGUCUGUGAGACGGACGACGAUGGCCUUAGCCUCGUCACUUUUCAAAGUGAGCCUGUUAAUGCCAUGACCCUAGCGUUCUGGGAAAGCUUGACAACGGUUUUGGAGAAGCUUAUAAAGGACGACAAUGUGAAGGGGAUCAUGUUCCGGAGUGGGCUCCAGAAAAACGUACUAGUACCUUUAUUUUUUAUCGCAACAUCCAGAGGUCUUCACCGCUGGCGUCUGCAUCAAAGAUACGCCUUACACUCUUUCAUCAACAGGUCUUCACCGCUGGCCUUUCCAUCGAAGAGCUGCAUGUACCGGCAACUACACCGGAGAGAAUGAAGAAAUUCUGGUUCACCUUUUCCAAGGUGCUCAUAACCAUCUAUUACGGGUUGCCACAUUGCAUCCUUCACUGCCGUCCUUGGCUCCUUUUCAAGAGGGAAAUAGGUCAAGGAUGAGGCGAGGAAUGCAACGUCGCAACCUCUAACUCUAUCGGUGUCCAAAGCCCACUAUUGCCCUAGUAAAUGGCGCAUGUCCGGCUGGGGGAUGCGGCUUAGCACUGUGUUGCGAUGCACGCGUUAUGACCAAGGACUCGGCCAUGGGCUUAAAUGAAGUGCAGAUAGGUACUUCUGAGAGUCAUACCGUCGCUGUUAUGUUGCUCUUGAAUGAAGUGCAGAUAGGAACUAACUUUCAAGAAAAUUUACAUUAUGCUUGUUGUAAUCAGUCCAGUAGGGAGGUAUUGAGUCAUUGUUUCUUACAUCUGCUCGCUGAGUAUUUCGUAAUUUGUUUUUGCCAUUGCUCAUUAUUUCUCUUUCUCCCACACUUUGUCCCACUCUAAGGUACUAUUGCCGUGCCUCAUUUCUCGUUCCCACACCUCCCACUCCAAGGUAUAGCGGUCCCACAUUUCUGGUCGAAGUUGAUGUAUUCUGUAUUUGGCCCUCAGUAUACGGAGAGAGCCUUGUUGACAGGGAAGAUGCAUAAAGUGCCCGAACUAUUGGAGUUAAGGCUUGUUCCUGCAAUCCGCAAAACUCAGAAGAGAUUCAGGGAAGUCGUGGGACAAUUCCGAACCGACUAACAUCAUCGUCAGCACAUAGUACAUCGAUCUUGGAAGAGCUCCUGUCCCAAAUAUAGGGGAAAACAAGAAGAGACUCGACAUGUUGAAUCCCAAGAUCGAUGGACGACUAGGGCCGUGCAACGUUAGAGUCUAUUGCCGAAUAGAUUCGCUCCAUCAGGGUCGUGCGCUCUAAUAGAAAUGAAGGCUGUAGAUUGCGUCGUGGAACAUAGGGACGCGCUAGUUGGAGCCGGCAAAAAAUACUGGCAGAAAGUCUACAUGCCUCUACCGGCAGAAGCUUAUCAUUAUGCUGCGAUGAUCAUUGAUAGGGAUAAUCUUAAUUAGAUACUGCUUACAUCAUUGGAGUUUUUCUUUCUUUUCUUAGGUGUAUCCCUUCAGGCAAAAACAAAAUACUGCUUACAGAGGAGUCAUUUUGCAGCGAUGAUCAUUGCUAGGGACGAUUAGAUUUAUAGAUACUGCUUGUUUAAUCUCCUUUCUAACGGAAAGCAACCAAGGAGGAUCUGCGUGGGACGUUAGCGGACUCUUGGCUCUCAGGGCUAGAGAUGGAAUUCGAGGCCGCCAAAUCGUUUUUAUCACGCCCGAAAACUAUCGAGAACCUCGGCUUCGUCAGACAGAUGCUGGCAGCGUCCGGUGGUAGGAAGAAAGCUCCUUCAUCUUCGAGUAAGAUGUAAUGGUGGACGAGGACCUUGUAUUUUACGAUGUAGAAGGUGAGACUAAGUUGUCAAAUUGUGCUUAUCGAUUUUCAGAGACUGCUUCUGGGAGAUAAGUGCAUAUCUCAAGCUAACGCUUCAUUCAUGUUCUGAUUCAUAUUGUUUGCUUAUGACUGACUUCUUUAAAAUUGCAUGAAGAUGGGCUAGGAUUAUUUUCCUACACGACGAUGUUCUUCUUCUUUUGGGUGGAUCUAAUAAGUCUUCAAAGUAACGUCGUCCUUCUACUAUCAAUUUUCCUUGACGUUGGACGCCCUGAAGUUUUAUCUGGCGACAUCAAGUCAAAACCAAAUGUUGAUGCAGUACGUAAGGAUGACUGCAACAAUCUUCUGGUUCUGAUACCGUGAAAUUUCCAAGUAGUAGGAUAGCGAAUCAACCGAGUUGUAAGCUAGAGAGUUCUCUUAAGCUAUCGACUUCGUCGUUCUAGGGCGUUCGUUUCUUUCUACAGUUUUUCAAGUUCAACAUGACUCUGGUGUACGCGCUGACUUCGUGGUCUUCAAGGAAGUAGCGACUUGUUACUUUCAUCUCUUACAACUCCUACUCGAUGCUUCGUUCUUCGCUUUGAUUCAGAAAUAAUCCCGAUCGAGAACUUGUUAAAAUAUAUCGCUACUUCGUUCUUUCGAAGUCGGAAAGAAACGCAGCACCACCUUGUCCCGCCACGACAAGCAGAACUCGAAUUCUAUUUCUUGCC